AUGGGGACCCACCUGACUAGGGCCAUAGCGUGUGCGGGCGCUGGGUGCGGGCGUGGCGCCCGUGCCCGAGGCCAAACGGGGCUGGCCCCGGACGCAGCCCGCGACGUGGGCACCGGCAGCCAGAACGCCGGCCAGUGGGGGGCGAGCCGCGGUGGAUGGGGCGAGGCCAGGGACGGCGACGGGGCGGCGGUGCCUGAGCUAGUGGCAGAGGCGGGCGACGGCGGGCGAGCCACGGCAAGCAGUGGCGAGGCACGGGCGUGGUUGGAUGCAAAGGCACGCGGAGGCGGGCGUGGUAGGCGUGAUGGGGUGCGGUCAAGGCGCGAGGUGCGGGCGGAGGCCGUGGACGUCGCGGCGGAGCGCGAGCGGGCGCGGGGAGGGGACGUGGUGCGCGGGCGGCGUGCGCGUGUGGAACAGCGUGUGCGCGCGCGGGACGAUGCCGCGGCCGUGAGCGCGUGCGUGAGACAGAAGGAGGAGAGGAGGAGGCUGAGGCUCACAGGGGCCGUAGGGAAAGGGCAAUGGAGCACGGGGAGGAAGCCGGGGACGUCGCGACGCAGGGGAGGACGACGGCGAGGUCCGGGUGGGGGUGGCGCUCCGGCGUCGGCGAUGUGGUCCAACGGCGUCAGAGGCGGGGCGGCGUGGUCGAGGCAGCGCUCCGGGCGGCGGUGGACGGCGAAGGGCGUCAGGGGCGGAGCCGGGUUCGAUCCCCCCUUCCCGAUCCAGAUCGGGAUCGAGAUGUGGGGGCAGACCAGGGAGAGGGCCAUAGUGUGUGCGGGCGCUGGGUGCGGGCGUGGUGCCCGUGUCCGAGGCCGAACGGGGCUGGCCCCGGACGCAGCCCGCGACGUGGGUACCGGCAGCCAGAACGCCGGCCAGUGGGGGGGGGCGAGCCGCGGUGGACGGGGCGAGGCCAGGGACGGCGACGGGGCGGCGGUGCCUGAGCUAGUGGCAGAGGCGGGCGACGGCGGGCGAGCCACGGCAAGCAGUGGCGAGGCGCGGGCGUGGCUGGAUGCAAAGGCACGCGGAGGCGGGCGUGGUAGGCGUGGCGGGGCGCGGUCAAGGCGCGAGGUGCGGACGGAGGCCGUGGACGUCGCGGCGGAGCGCGAGCGGGCGCGGGGAGGGGACGUGGUGCGCGGGGGCGUGCGCGUGUGGAACGGCGUGUGCGCGCGCGGGACGAUGCCGCGACCGUGA